GUGAAGGACGCUGAUUCCGAAACCACCUACUUCAUGCAUGAGCCAUCAUGCCCUAGGCAUGCAACAUAACAAAAUGUAUGUUUUAGCAACCGUCUUAGCUGGACUGGCAAUUUUGCCUUUUAUAGUGUACAUUAAAUUCCCAUACUUUCUCCACGAUCUACGAUACUUGAUAGGGGGCAUUCGCAUGAAGAAGCGCAUAAACAAGUAUGCCUCCAAAAAACCUUGCUUCACCCUUCUGGACCGUUUUCUCGAAAGAGUGAAGCUACAUCCCAACAAAACAUUCAUCAUCUUCGAGGACAGCACAUAUUCGUACCAAGACGCGGACAGACAAAGCAACAAAGUUGCCAGGACCUUGGCACAGCAUGCCAAACUGCAAGAAGGAGACUCGGUCGCGCUGUUCCUUGGAAACGAGCCUGCCUACGUAUGGCUUUGGCUGGGGUUGUCCAAGCUCGGAUGCAUACCUGCCCUGAUAAACUACAACAUUAGGACCAAAUCCUUGUUGCACUGUUUCUCUUGUUGCAACGCGAAGGUGCUCAUUGCAGCUGCUGAGCUGAAAGAUGCUAUUCUGGAAGUUCUCCCGACGCUGAAAGAGCAAAAUGUGUCGGUGUUCAUCCUGAGCAAGGAGAGUGACUCAGAGGACAUUCAGUCACUGGACGAUAAGAUUGAGAAGGCGUCAGAUGAGCCAUUAUCACCAUUAUCAGCAGACCUCACCAUCAAGAGUCCCGCCAUGUAUAUCUUCACCUCUGGAACCACAGGUCUCCCCAAAGCCGCCGUGAUAAACCAUGAGCGUGCCUGGAUGGCCUCCUUCAUGCAGACCUUGGCUGGGGUGCGUCCCGAUGACAUCAUAUAUAUAUACCUGCCUCUCUACCACACCGCCGGCUUCCUCAUGGGGCUGACAGGAUCCAUAGACCAAGGUAUAACGGUGGUCCUGAGACGCAAGUUUUCUGCCUCACAGUUCUGGAAUGACUGCAGAAAGCACAAAGUGACUGUUAUCCAGUACAUCGGUGAAAUAAUGCGCUACCUCUGCAACACUCCCAAGAAAGACACUGACAAGAGUCACCAGGUGAGGCUGGCCAUUGGUAACGGCAUCAGAGCGGACACCUGGUCAGACUUCCUGCAUCGCUUCGGGGACAUCCGCAUCUGCGAGUGCUACGGGGCCACCGAGGGCAACGUGGGCUUCGUCAAUUACGUGGGAAAAGUCGGGGCCACGGGACGCGUGCUCGGCAUACAGAAGAGAGCCAUCCCGUUCGCCCUCAUCAAAUAUGACACAGAGAAGGGAGAGCCGGAGAGGGACUCCAGAGGAUUCUGUAUGGAGGUGCCCACAGGUGAGGCUGGUCUUCUGGUGGCCAAGAUCACCAAAGUUGCCCCUUUCGUCGGCUAUGCCAACAACGCCCAGCAGACGGAGAAGAAGAGGUUGCGGGACGUGUUCGAAAAGGGAGACCAGUAUUUCAACAGUGGAGACCUUCUCAAGAUGGACGAGGAAGGAUUCAUUUACUUCCAGGACCGGAUUGGAGAUACCUUUAGAUGGAAGGGAGAGAAUGUGGCCACAACUGAAGUUACGGAUGUCAUGAUCAUGCUUGACUUCAUAGAGGAAGUUAAUGUGUAUGGCGUCAAGGUCCCAGGCCAUGAGGGCAGGAUUGGGAUGGCAUCUAUUAAGGUGGCAGAGGGAAUGGACUUCGACUGCAGAGCCACCCAUGAGCACCUUAAGGCUUACCUGCCUAGCUACGCACAACCACGCUUCAUCAGGAUGCAGAAUUCCCUUGACGUGACUGGCACAUACAAACAGAUGAAAGUGAAGCUGGCGGAGGAGGGAUUCGACCCGGCGGUCACAGAGGAGGCCAUGUAUUUCCUGGAGGACCACAAGGGCUACGUUCCACUGACUAAGGACAUUUACAACGCAAUCAGUGAUGGAACCAGACGCCUGUGAUCUACGACUGUAAACAUCCAUACUCUCACUUUAUGAAAAAGAAUAAGUCCAGCAUACUUGAAAAAGUGGUAGAUACCCUUUCAUUUCGCCUAAAACAAAUUUCGAAAAUGUAUCUAUUAUAUUUUAUAUUAUAGGACAUGAACAUGAAAUGAAAUCGAGUAAUUACAUGUAUCGUACUAUUGUCUUCAAGGAGUCGCCACAUGUUGUUGAGUAAGCUGGAAUUAAUCUUUUUUUUACGAUGAAUUUCAUGAUUGACCAUUGGCUGCCUCUUGUUGUUGAAGAGAUUGACCUGUGUAAGAUUUGCACUGUGGUGACUGGCGCACCCUGUUAUCAUUGUAUAUAGUUUCCUGCACUACAAAAAGCACUGCAUAAUAGGAAACAGGCAUUCAAAUCAAUCAUCGAUAGUCCUCCAAGACCCACAUGUAUAAUGCAUACCAUUUAUUUUCUAUUACUUGAUUUUAUUUUUACAUUUUGCAAGAAAUGGUCAUCUGACGGGCUUGUGCCACUGGCCACCUGAAGCUGUGACAAAAGAUAUGUUUCAAUAAACGACUCUUGUUUAUAAUAACAGUGAGUCAAUGGACCAGUAUGUAUUAUUAUGUACUAUACAAGUACACUGUUCACAAAAAAUAGGGAUAUUUGAGUUUCAGGUAGCCUUGCCGAAAUCCUCAUCUAAAACCUCAUCUCCCAGCACAGAGGCACAGCAGCUGAUACUUAACACUAAUUCACUUCAAUUAAUUUACUUUUUCAUACAUUUUACAGAAAGUCCAAUAAUAUCCCAAACGUUUUGUGAACCCUGUAUAUAACUGGUAUGUACCCUUACAGUACAUGU